AUGGAUACCGUCAAUCAGGUGACCAUUGUCGGAGCAGGCCCAGCAGGUCUUAUGCUAGCCUGUACCCUUUUACGAUACGGAAUCCAGGUCACUAUUCUCGAUGACAGGCCUUCUUCAACCGCGACAGGUCGAGCAGAUGGCUUACAACCAAAAACCAUCGAAACUCUCAAGCAACUAGGACUUGCGGAUGCUUUGCUCGAGAAAGGUGUUAAGGUGUAUGACAUUUGCUUCUGGAAAUCGACAGCAACAGAAGAAUUGCAUCGUACAGCCAGGGAAAUCCAUUAUCCAACAGAUGUAGUAGAUCUAUUAGAUCCGCAUCUUUUACUCAUACAUCAAGGAAUGAUUGAGGAUGUUUUCAUCCAGGAUUUAAAAGCCCGAGGAGUUGAAGUGCAGAGAAAUUCUUCUUUCCUGAGAUUCGUGAAGCCGACAUCUGAAAAUGAAGAUAUACAUGUAGAGUACCAAGAUCUUCAAAGCGGUAAAACAAAGGUUUUGAAAACGAAAUACCUUGUAGGUUGCGAUGGCGCCCAUUCAAAUGUUAGAAAAUGUAUAGAUGGGGCAGAGAUGGAAGGAGACCAAAGUGGGAGUGUAUGGGGUAUUUUGGAUGCAGUCAUUGAAACGGAAUUUCCGGAUUUAUGGAGCAAGACUGUGGUUCAUUCAGAGAAGGGUGCAAUACUUGCCAUACCAAGAGAGCGAAAUAUGACGAGACUCUAUAUUGAACUGCAAGACACGGCAGAGAAAGACUCCAAAGAAGUUGUUCAAGACUUUGUGAUGAAGAGGGCUGAGGAAAUUUUUAGUCCAUAUAAGUUGACAUGGAAGCGUAUCGAAUGGUUUGCGGUAUACAGAUUUGGUCAAAGAGCAGCAAAACGCUUCUCAGAUGACACACAGCGCGUUUUCAUUGUUGGGGAUGCUGCACAUAACCAUUCCCCGAAAGCAGCACAAGGUAUGAAUGUAUCGAUGCAUGAUUCCUUCAAUCUUUCAUGGAAAUUGGCCCUUACCAUAAAAUCCCUUGCGCUGCCGUCACUUCUGAAAACAUACACAGAAGAAAGAAAAGACGUUGCCCAAGACCUCCUCGCGUUCGAUUUUGAACAUGCCAAUGCUUACUCUGCUGGCGAUCCUGAAGCGCUUGCGGAGAACUUUGCACAGAAUGUUAGGUUUAUAUCCGGACUUGCGGAAUAUGGGGUUCUCGCUCGCAUUUCUGCUGCAGCUCAUGCAUUCACACCACUUGAGACAGAAAUGGAUGACUAUAUUCAGCCAAACAGGUAUAUAGGUGUGAGCAAGGUGUUCACGUACGCUUUGGUGACAAAGAUGAACAAGGAAAGGUUCGAGAUCGCAGACUUACCAAUGAGCUUGCAAGAGAGUAGGUGGACGAUCUACGUGGAUGAUAUUUGUAAAGAUGGAAAAAGUUGUACAAGCAAAUGGGUAGGUGAUGUCGAAGAUGAUGAGAUGGUAGUUUUGAAUGUCAGACCUGAUGGAUACGUUGGUUCACUAAAAAAGUUUCAUGGAAUUUCCAAUGAAAGUGAAGAUGUUGGUGACGAGGUAGUAAAUUGGUUGCAGGAAUAUUAUGGUGGAUUCUUGAAGAGUUGA